AUUGACUAAAAUGACGAGUCUGCAUCUCUUUGGUGGGUCCAAACUGCGUUUUCUGAUCUACACUUCAUUUUUCUCGGGCACUGUAGUGUAUUACGGGGCCUUGAACAAACAGCAGAAAAGAAAAUUCCAUACCAACAAAGCUGGUAUUGGACGAUUUUUGCUGCUGUCUUUUGGUGGGAUGACAAUUAAGAGGGAUUAUAGAAAGAAUGUGAUUAAACUGUCAGAAGGAACAGAAGCCUACAACUUAGAACUGGAAAAAUUCCACGAGCGCACAGCAGAUUUGAUUUACAAAGCAGCUCUUCAAAAUAAAGGUCUAUACAUCAAACUUGGCCAAGCAGUGGCUUCUAUGAAUCAUGUCUUCCCGCCAGUAUAUGUUGAAAAACUAUCUCAGCUGAAUGAUAUGGCUUUGGUAUCAAAAGAAGACGACCUAGAUCAGAUGUUCAUGGAAGACUUCAACCAAAGUCUGAACCAGAUGUUCAUCGAGUUCAAACGGGAGCCAAUAGCGUCUGCCAGCAUAGCUGAAGUAUUCGAGGGUAGAUUGAGAGACAGUGGGGAGAAAGUAGCUGUGAAGAUGCAGUUCAUUGAUUUACAAGACAGAUUUGCGGGUGACAUUUGGACCAUUAAGUUUCUGAUGGACAUCGCAGAGUAUGUGUUCCCUGGCUUCAACUUCAAGUGGGCUGUGAUUGAGCUCUGCGACACUCUCAAACAGGAGUUGGACUUCAUCAACGAAGGUCGGAAUGCCGAGAAGUGUGCAGAGGAUCUAAAAGGGUUCGAUUAUGUACAUGUGCCCAAAGUACACUGGGAAUACACUUCGAAGAGAGUGCUCACGACUGAAUUCAUAGAGGCAUGCAAAAUUGAUGACGCGGAAGGCAUGAAGUCGAACGGAAUAGAUGUUAAAAAAGCAUGCGAGCGAAUGUGCCGAGUGUUCGGAUACCAGAUAUUCCAGUCUGGGUUUGUCCAUGCUGACCCCCACCCGGGCAACUUGUUCGUGAGGAAGAACCCUAAUGGAAAGGGGGAUAUCCAGCUGGUGAUUUUGGAUCAUGGCUUGUACCAAAGGGUGGAGCCACACGUACAGAAGAAGCUGGGCAACUUCUGGAAAUCGAUGAUCCUAGAUGAGCAGAGUAGUAUGUUGCGAGAUGCUUCUGAACUGGGGGUGAGUGGACUGCACGACACUGCCAUUCUGGCCGCCAUUCUCAUCCAGAGGCCCUGGUAUGUCAAUGUGCCAUUUGCCACAUACUUCAAAACCAUGGACCAAAGUGACUUUGCACACAUGAGUGGCUUUGUGAAAGACCACUUCAAUAAAGUGAUGGCAGUAUUGAGAGCAGUGCCUUUAUCGCUUCUUCUAGUUAUCAGAAAUAUCAACACUAUCAGAUCAAUAGUACAGACGCACGGGGAACCAGUUAACAGGUAUCGAAUCAUGACUAGCUGCACGGUCAAGAAUAGUUGGUCAAACUACAGAGAAUAUCUGAGGAUCCAGUAUCGACUUUUUCUCAUGGACGCCAAAGAAAUGCUGCACAAAACACUGCUCGGUAUUUUCUUCACACUUUCAAGGACAGGAAUUCCGCUGUUUUCCAAGUUUUCGAAUCUGAAUUUGGAAGUUGAGAAGAAAUCUGUUUUACUGUAGAAAACUUGCUAAAUUGUUUUACUUUUAUUCUAAAAAGACUUGAAAAGAUAAUGAAAGUAUUGGACGUUGUUCACCUUUAUCAGGAACGAAGAAUUAUGAAUUAAUAACUUUAACAAG